AUGAAGACAUGUUACUACGAGCUAUUGGGCGUAGAAAUUACCGCCUCAGACUCCGACCUGAAAAAAGCGUACCGUAAAAAGGCGCUACAGUAUCAUCCAGACAAGAACCCAGGCAACAUAGAGGAAGCUACAGCUGUUUUUGCAAACAUAAGAGCAGCGUAUGAGGUUUUAGCAGACCCUCAAGAGCGUGCUUGGUAUGAUUCUCAUAAACAACAAAUAUUGAGCGAAGAUAUAGGAAACUUCAACGCUGGAGAUGGAAGCGACGAUGAUUAUGAAGUCGACGUAUCUGUGACAGGAAUAACGACGGAUGAUCUGCUAAAGUUUUUCAAUACAAGUUUAUACUCAAGGGUUGAUGAUUCUCCCGCAGGUUUUUAUCAAAUUGCGGGGAAAGUGUUUGCAAAAUUGGCGACUGAAGAAGUACAGUUUGGGAGGAUGCAAGGAUUACCAAAGUACGACCACUAUCAAGACGUCUUCUUUGAGUCAGAUAUUCUCAACUUAGGGUACUGCAAGGCAUGUAGCAAAUACACCUCGCUGUCAGAGACAUCGACUUUAUUUCCAUUGUUUGGCGACUCUGGCGCAAGAUUCCAAGAUCUCAGGGUAUUCUACCGAGACUGGUCCAGUUUCAAUACUGUGAAAACUUUCAGUUGGAAAGACGAGUAUAUGUAUUCGCGGAACUAUGAUAGACGAACAAAGAGAGAAAUCAAAAAGCGUAAUGAAAAACUGCGACAACAGGCUAAGAGUGAGUACAACAAGACUGUAAAACGGUUUGUGACGUUUAUCAAAAAGUUCGACACAAGAAUGAAAGACGGAGCUGCUAAGUACGAAGAGGAAAAACGUAAAAAAAUGCGUGAGGAUUUACAAAAGCAGAUCGAAAAGGAUAAGCAGGCCAAUCUAAAAAACACAGGCGAUCCGUUCAAACUUCAAAGUUGGCAGACCGUCGAAGAUUAUGAUUGGACCGAAGUUGAGAAGCAGUACGACUCCGGAAAUGAUUCUGACAAUGGUAAGGAAGGCUCCCAAGAUGAAAUAUUGGUUUACGAGUGUUUCAUUUGUAAUAAGACAUUCAAGUCGCUAGCACAGCUAGAGAACCAUCACUCUACCAAGAUACACAAAAAGAAACUGCAGCAAGUACAAAGAGAAAUGCAAAAGGACAACAUGACGCUGGGGCUGGACGCGGUAUCUGAUGUCGAAGAAUUCAACUCUGCAAAUGAAGAGGUGGUUAGUGAUAAAAGACAAAUGGAGUUGGACGAAAUAGAUGCAGAGCUCAAGAGAAUUGAAAAAGAGCUGGAAGGCAUAAGUGAUGAGGAGAAUACAGAGUCGGAAGGUAGCGAUUGGGACUUGCAGGGUGAUGCAGAGACUGGAAGCCUUGAGUCGGGCUCCGCAAAAUUAAACUGUGGGGAUAAACUCAGAUGUGAGUCUGAACCUGAAUCUGAGUCCGAAUUCAAAUCCAAACCUGAAGUGGAGAUAAAUAACUUUAGCUCGCGCACUGGUCAAUUCGCGGUUGACGACGAGAUUGACAACGAUUUUGACGUGGUCGCUAAAGAUUCUGCCGAGGCCGAUGAACUCAGUGUUUUACUGGCUUCGCUCAACGAUCCGCAGGAAGCCUCUGAUGAAAUCGACGAAGAUUGGAACAUGUCCAAGAGCUCAAAGAAAUUAAAGAAAAAGAAAGCCAAAACAACUACUUCUGUUCCAACAUCGGAAACAAACCACACACCAAUAUUUCAGUGUGGGGUUUGCGCUACUAAGCACGCCACUCGAAAUGCGUUGUUCGCCCAUAUUAAGCAGGAAAGCCACGCGGCUCCCGCCCAAAAAUCGAAAACAAAGAAAAAGUCCAAAACGCCCAAAAAAUGA